AUGACUGAAGAAAACGAAUUGUACAUUGAACAACCCGAGCGACCGAAUGAUGGUCGGGUCAGCAGCACUGAUGCGGGGCCCGGUAGCCGGGAAAUAAACCCAAAGUUCAAGGACCUCAAGGAAACGGGAAAAUGGGGGAACAUUUCCAAGAAAGAGAUGAUUAUCGUAGCUGUUGUAAUGCUUUCGAUUGUGGUCGCCGUGGUUGUUGUCGUCGUCGUAUUCGUAACAGGGGACGACGAUUCGAUUCCAAUUGCGGGUGGUAUCGCUCCAACGUCCGCUCCUACAAUGCGCCUUGUCCCUCAAGAACAAUUGGAUUUGCUGCGACAAGGCAUUGGCCUAAAUCCGUUGACAGCUUCGUUUUUAGAUCUUCUGCCGACAAACGCCGAAGCUCUGCGCGGCCUUUCGAAUGUUCUCGACGAAGAUCCUGUACGUAGGGCGGCCUCUUGGGUCGUCCACGAAGAUCAGUUAGAUGCCGAGCCAGAGCUACUCAACCGCUUUGGACUGGUCGCUACAUAUUACUCUAAUGGCGGUUCGCAGUGGACUAAUUCUGACAACUGGCUUGACCCCGAUCUUUCUAUAUGCGACGGCUGGUAUGGUGUAAGUUGCGAUUUGCUCAGAAGAGACCUGGAUGAGAUUGAUCUUGCCAACAACAAUUUGACGGGUCCCAUUACAAAGUCUCUGUCCUUGCUAUCAACGCUACGUGUUAUUUGGUUUAAUGGAAACGCUUUGACGGGUACCAUUCCCGGUGAUGUGUUUUCUUCGCUCGAGGACCUCUUCAUUCUGUACCUUCAGAACAACCAGUUGGAAGGCGACAUCCCAGAAAAUUUGAUCGAGAAUGGUGUCCUGCAGACCAUUUUUCUGCAGGGCAACAACUUUACGGGGACGUGGCCGGCUGUCUUUUGUGGUGUCCUUCGUGAAUUUCGUCUAGAGUGUGAGCAAACUCCUUGUCCCGAGAGAUGCUGCGUGCCUCUUAACAACUGUUUUGAUUAGAGCACAAGAUCGAUGGCACAAAAGAACACUGGAUUGCACUUCAAGCAUUCAUAAUAAUCAAUAAUUCUAGUACUCUGGCAUCACCUA